AUGCUAAAAAAUAAUUACUUGCAUCGUGAAGGUCGGAGCAAAGAUGCGUCUGGAACACAGAUUGUUGAAGUUCAACCUUAUCUUUCCGAAAAACAACAGGAAAUUCCUGACUUAUCUUCAAUCUCACAGCAACUUACUGUUCCAUUCCACUUACCUUUACUGGAAAGACCAAUUCUCAUUGUCAUCACUACAGCUGUGGUAUCUGCUAUAUACCUGUUAUUUUGUCGCAGAAGUGACUAUUCUGCGUGUAAAAAAUCAUUUCAUGGCUUUAAUGUUCUUAUCACCGGUGGUUCAAGUGGAAUCGGUCUGUCUUUGGCAAAACUAUUUUACAGAGCUGGUGCAAAUGUUACAAUUGUCGCUCGUGACCGCAAAAAACUAGAGUCGGCUAAGGAAGCCAUAAAAUGUGUGAAAGACUAUGAUGUUUUGAAUGAAAUCUUCAUCAAACAUGUGGCUCUUUAUGGACCUAUUGACAUUUUAAUAAAUUGUGCUGGAUAUGCUGUUGCACGCAAGUUCUUGGAUACUUCUACAGAUGACAUUAAAGGCAUGCUGCAAACUAAUUAUUUGUCUGCUGUUCAUGUAACGCGUAUUUUACUACCUUCCAUGUUGGAUCAAAAAGUUCACCAAACCCAUGAGCGACGUAUUGCCUUUGUUUGCAGUCUUGCUAGUCAAUAUGCUUUACGUGGGUUUGCCGAAGUUUUGGAAAUGGAAUUGGGUUACAAAGGCCCAUAUGUAACAAUAGCUUUCCCGCCAGAUACAGACACCCCAGGAUAUGCUGUAAGUUGA